UGUGCCAUGACUGUGUUAGAUGAUGAAGGCAGAUGGAGGAAUGAGAACUGUGCUGUCAGAAAACCCUUCAUCUGUUAUGAUGAUAGAGUGAUCCUGAUCAAAGAAAAGAUGAACUGGAAGGAUGCCUUAUCCUACUGCAGAAAUCACCACCAUGACCUGGUCACCAUCACCAACCUGGAUGAGCAGAGAUGGGUCCAGGAGAAAGCCAAGAAGGCCUCCACUGACUAUGUCUGGAUGGGACUGCGUUACAACGGCACUGGUGUCUGGUUCUGGGUCUGUAAGGAGAGUUCGCUCAGAAAUAUGAUCCAGGCGUCAGAACGAUGGAUGAAUGAUUAUCACAUUUCUGGAGCCAUGGAUGCAGGAGGACAGCAUAGGUGGUUCCAAAGAAAUGACACAGAGGAGUUGAAUUUCAUCUGUUCUAAGGUUUAAAGUCGCUUCAUGCUUACUCAGCAUGAGGGAUUGCUGCAAAGCCAUGGACAAUGCAGAAAACUCUC